CCCGCUAUCAUAAAUAUAGAAUUUCUCUUCAUCUCUUCCUGUCUCUUUCCUUCCGUUAUGGGAACCGGCUUUCAAUGCUGCGGAUUGUUAGCAUUGCUUGAUGUUGUUGUUUUGGUCGUUUCGGGCCUCAACCAGAAGGCCGAUGCUGCCAGUUGCAACUUCUUCCGGGGGAGUUGGGUUUACGAUGGAAAUAGUCGGCCUCCCUACAAUAAGUUGUCCUGCCCUUUCAUGCAGGACUCGUUCGACUGCCAAGGGAACGGACGUCCCGAUAAUCUCUACCUCAAGUACAGAUGGAAACCAAGCGGCUGUUCAUUGCCUAGAUUCAACAGCGGGCUGUUCUUGAGAAAGCUGAGGGGGAAGAAGAUACUGGUUGUGGGAGAUUCGCUGAGCCUCAACCAGUGGCAAUCAUUGACGUGCAUGUUGUAUGCAGCAUCGCCUAACAAGACCAACUACUCUCUUCGCAGACAAGGAUACAACACCAUCUUUACUUUACCAGAUUUUGGGGUGUCGGUGACAAUGUCAAGAAAUGCUUUCUUGGUGGAUGUUGUGCAAGAGAAGAUAGGGAGGGUUCUCAAGCUUGAUUCUAUCAAUAUCAAAUCAUGGAAAGGAUACGACAUUAUGAUCUUUAAUACCUGGCACUGGUUUACUCACAAAGGAAGCAAACAAACGUGGGAUUACAUCCAAAAAGGGAACUCUAUACGCAAAGAUAUGGACCGUUUGGUUGCUUUCAAGGAGGCACUCAUUACAUGGUCCAAGUGGGUAGCCUCCAACAUUGAUCCCACCAAAACCAAAGUUUUCUUCCAAGGCAUUUCUCCAACUCACUACCGGGGCGACGAAUGGGGGGAAUCGAAGACAGCAACUUGCAGGUCACAGACUCAACCUGUUAAAGGGACAAAGUACCCCGGGGGUUCGUUGCCCGCAGCUAAGGUGGUCUGGGAUGUUCUAAGAAAUAUGACCAGAAAGGUCACUUUAUUGGACAUAACCACAUUAUCUCAACUGAGAAAGGAUGGACAUCAAUCUGCAUAUGGAUACGGCGGUAGUAGGGGCAACGACUGCAGCCACUGGUGCCUCCCCGGCGUUCCCGAUACAUGGAACCAAUUGUUAUAUGCGGUGCUUGUGACGAAAGGUUGGAUUUAAGAAGCCAACAAACCCGGACCGGCUGGUUGUAACAAUUCAUUGUGGUCUAUUUUUAUAAGUAUGGGAGAGAAUCAAUGAUAGAAAUUGAUAUGAUCUAGGAGAUUAUGGGAUGUCAAUUAUUAUGUAAUCUUAUGUUUAUAUAUUGGUUAUAAUCCUAAUCUAUAAAUAAGAACAAUCUCCACACAAUUAUGUGUGUGAGUUUUAUACAAA